AUGGCGCCAAAAAGGACUGACACCAAGGCUCGCUCUGCCGUUCGCAAGCCCCAGGCUACCACCUGUAACUUCAAAGAUGAAGACACGAUGCUCAUCUGGAAGGCUUUUAAGCUGACCAACAAGGAAAUCAGCCUCACUGCUCUAGCUGAGGACCUUAACCUCAAUGUUGGUGCCGCUCGCAUGCGAUGGACCCGACUCAAGACCCGACUCGAGGCCUUCGAGAAAAAGGCAAACGAAAACAAGACUGCCGCUGACGCUGCUGCGGAUACUGCCAUUUCUGCCACUGACUCCACCUCUGUCCCUGCCUCUGUCUCUACCUCUGUACCUGCACCUGUCGAUACCACCAUGGAGGGUGUGGAUGACCCCGAGGAGGCUAAGGGUGCCAGCGAUGAUGAGGAUGAGAAGUGA